CGUCCGUCCCAUCAUUCUCUCUCCAAAAUGGCUGCCGGUGGUCAGACGAAAAAAUAGAUAUCCAGACUUUUUCACCAGGCUUAUGAUGGACUGCUUGGACAACCUCUCACACGAAGUGCUGUCAGACUCAGACCCUGCUCAACAGAACACAGAAAUUCGCCACACUUAUGCAGAAGACGACAACAUUCCUUCAAGCCCCGAUAUUGAAGAAUACGAUGCCUCAGACCAGUUCAAGCAAGAAGAUGUUAACUUCGAGGACACCACCUUGUCGCAUAAUGAGGUGAUGGACAUCGUCCGCGCUGGCGUGGCAGAACUCGUAAAGGACCCUCUGCUGUCUGACCUUCCCGCGGGGGUCACGCUGGACGAGGUGAAGUCUCAGAUCGCGCUGGAGUACGGCCAGGCCAUGAAGGUGAUCGUGCGGAAGGAGUGCGGCGGCAUCAUGCCGAUUGUGGUUCCUCAGGACGCUACGGUGGUGGACUUGAAACAUGCCAUCAGCAGGUACGUCACACUGAAGCAGACCAGAGAAGGCGGCACCACACAGAUCAGCUGGCGUUACAUCUGGAGAACCUACUGGCUCACUUUUGACGGUGAGAAACUCUCACAAAACAACAAGAAACUCAAGGACUACGGCAUCAGGAACAGGGCAGAGCUACGCUUCAUAAAAAGACUCAGAAGCAAAGUGGAGGGAGUUUGAAAAGAACUG